GUAUUCGAAAGGAUGGCCCAGGCGCUACCAGAACAGUUACCGCAUUACGAGUGUGGACUCUCUCUGGUGGUUAUGGCAGACGUACUCUCUCGAAGACUUGUCCCUCACCGUACCUCGGUUCCUGUCCAAGAGACUCUAUUUGGCCAUAUGGCAACACAUGCCCACAGGUUAUUGAGUGAGACGAGCCUGAUCGAAUCUUUGAGAUUUAUAAAGUCGAUGGCGAACCACGGUGCUGCCGAUCGACCCCUCUGUCACAGGAUAGCACGGAAAGCUCGAGCUAACGUUAAUACUUUGGAUACUAUAUUUGAUCUUCGUCUCGUCGUUGAUACAUUCGUUUUGGUCAACUAUCGCGACACUGAUCUACUGUCGGCGGUGGCCCAACGGGUAUCUCAUGUUUUGGGUGGGGACUCAGGGACGGAUUAUGAAGGGAAGAAGAUACCGACGAUGUUCACUGCCGAGGAUGUGAGGGAACUGAUGAGCUAAAACUCUGGUGUAUGUACUGAAAAUAGGUCGCGGAGAUCUUCAGAGGAUUUAAACAUCUCGAGGUUGAGAACAUCCAGCUCGUUGAAGCAGUAAGGGAUUGGAGCGUUAACGGAGUAACCCCACACACGAGCAACGAGGACCGGAAGCUAUUAGAGUCAUGUGUUGGAAGGGUGUGAUGUGUUUCUGGA